AUGUAUGAAUCAAUAAAUCUCUCCACUUAGGAUUUUCAUAAAUUAUAAACUAACUUAAAGUCAAUAUGGUUGCCAAAGAAAGAAAAGGAAGCAGAAAUUAUAGUUUAUAAUUUGAUUAACAUAAAAUUAGAAGUUCAAUCUUUAAUGAGAGAAAUCACAGAGAAAGUAAAUGAAACUUUAAUAGUUAUUGAUGAUAUGAUUUAAUUAACAUAAAGUGAAAUGUAUUCUAUAAAGAAGAAUAUAAAAGAGAUUUAAAUAAAAGAACUUAAAAGUUUGAAUGAAUUAAAACAGUCUAUAAAUAUAAUAUUAUGUCAGUAAAUUACAAGAUAAGUUUAAUAGUUAAACAAUUUGUAAACGAUUUGGAGAAUUAAUAUAUUGGAAAAAUUGGAAAGAAAAUUGAAAUAAAUAAAAGAGGGUGAUUCUAAAUGUGGUUUUGAUUAAUAUUUUAAUUUAUCAUUGAAACAAGAAAAUAAUAACAUUUGGAUAUGCAAUAAACAUUUUGAGUAGAUUUAUUAUGUGAAUUUAUAAGAAAAUGUAAAUACUCAAAAUAGAUUAGCUUGUAAGAAAUGUAUACAAUCAAAUCAGGAAUUUAAGAAAUUAGAGGAAUUAUAAUUAUUAUGGGAAUAAAAUGUUUAAUUAACUUUAGGGAAGUUUAAUCAUCAUUAAAAUAUAUUAAUUAUUUAUUGGAAUAAAAUAUUAGAAUAAGUUCAAAGAUUCAAUAAAAUUAUUUAUACAUCAUCAAAUUUGAAAAAUGAUAUACUAUAAUAAUAGUAUUAAUUAAUGUUAAAGGAUUGGCUAUCAUUAUCAAAAGAAGAAUUAAAUGAUAUUGCUUGUAAUUUAAAUUAAUAAUAUAAUUAAUUGAUUUUCUCUUCAAUUGAGAAGGAAUCAUUAAUUAAAGAAAAUUAAUUACUUAAAUUAAUAAAUCAAUUCAAAUUAUUUUUAGAUCAUUUAGAUCUUUCAAAAGAAAUUAAUAAAAUAGAUUCCAAUAAAAAUAUCAUUAUUAAUCAAUAUUGUUAAUAAAAAAUAUAAUAGAUUUAAUCAAUUGAACCUGUUAAAUUUAAAUUUGAAUUAAUUAAUCGUAUAAAACAAGAUAGAUGUUUUUCCUUUGCUUUUUUUAUAGAUUCUUCAGUUAUGGUAGUUGGAUAAAAUAGUAUGAUUAAAGUAUUUGAAUUUAAGGAUGGAAAUCUAAAAGAAACAUAAUAAUUAACUGAACAUAAGGAUUAUGUGAGAUGUUUAUAUUUUAUGAAGAAGACAUUAUAAUUUGUAUCUGGUUGCAAUGAUAAUUUAAUCAUGAUUUGGUCAUGGGAUGAUAAAAGACAUUGGUAUUGUGAAUAAAAGUUAGAAGGACAUACAGAUUAUAUUAGAGGAGGGUUAAUAAUGAAUAAUAAAGAAGAUUUAAUUAUAUCAGGUAGUGAUGAUAGUACAAUUAGGUUUUGGACUAAAAAAAAUAAUAAUUAAUGGAUUCUUUAUUAAACAUUAAAUGGUCAUACAAAAGAAGUAAAGAGUAUAAGUCUUAAUGAUUCAUAGAAUUAAUUAAUUUCAUGCUCUUUUUCGAAUGAAGUUCUUGUUACUGAAUUUAAAAAUAAUGAAAAAUUGUGGAUUACAAUAUAAAAAAUAUAAGUAGAUAGGAAUGGAUAUAGUUUAUGUUAUAUUAGUGAUACACUUUUUACAUUUUAACCUCAUGAAUUGGAAAUCAUGUGUAUCUAUGAAUUCGAUUAUAAUAAAGAAUAAUUUAUUAAAACUAAAUAAGUAAAAAUUAAGUCUGGUGAUAAUAGAUGUGAUUUCUUUCCUUAAUAAUUUAAUAAAGAGAAAUAAAUACUUUUACAUAAAAAUGGAAGAACUAUAAAUAUUAUUAAAACUAUUGAUAGUCGUGAAUUUAUUCCUGUUUAAUAUAUAGAAAAUAGUGAUAAUUAUUUGUAUGGUGCAUUAACUAAUGAUGCUUAAUAUUUAGUAACAUGGGACAAUUAAGAGAAAGAAAUCAAAAUAAGAAAGUAUAAAGAAUGA